CUUAAUAGACUCGAAUCAACGACCUUUCUGUGAGUCAACAACUGAACCAGUGCAAUGCCAUCCCAACACAUCCUCUACUGUACAUUCCGGAUCUAUUUAUAGUCUCCUACAGUUCCUCCCUCCACCGUCACCUCAGCCGCGGCUUCACUUUCUGCUUUACUCUUGGCACAAGUUUGACUUCAGUGUGUCCAAAAUGAGUGAUCGUGAAUUCAGAUUGGAGCAUUCUGACUGUACGUGGAGCAGGCGGAGAGCAGACUGCAUGCCCGCUGGAGGACGACUGUCAGACGCAAAGAUUUACGAAUCUCACACAGAAGAAGGCGUCACAUGGACAGUGGUCAGUCCAAUCAUCUUCAGCUAUCGAGUAAUUCAGUCUGAGAAUCUUCUAGAUGUCAGAAACGACACUCUACUGCUGGGCCACAUCAGCAGCCCUGAGGAACGCCAGACCCUUCAGAACAACAGCACACAAAUAAAGCGAUUUAUAGUGAUCGACGAAGCCGUAAACAAUCUCUACGGCUCUCAAGUCAAGGCCUAUUUUGACGCCAGAAAAGUGACGUACAGGAUCCUUCCAUUGCCAACAACUGAGCAGAACAAAUCCAUGACGCUGGUGACUUUAAUUUUGGAGGAAAUCCACAAAUUUGGGAUCGACCGCCGCACGGAGCCUAUUAUUGCAAUCGGAGGCGGGGUGUGUCUGGAUGUUGUGGGUUUGGCAGCUUCAUUGUAUCGCAGACGCACUCCAUAUAUACGCGUGCCCACUUCUUUACUGGCGUACAUUGAUGCUAGUGUUGGAGCAAAGAAUGGAGUCAACUUUAUGGACUGUAAAAAUAAGCUCGGCUCAUACGUUCCUCCUGUGGCGGCCCUUUUGGAUCGGACAUUUCUAAAGUCUUUACCACGCAGACAUAUAUCCAAUGGGUUGGCUGAGAUGAUGAAGAUGGCGCUGAUGAAACACAAAGAGCUGUUUGAACUUCUGGAGAAAGAAGGCAGACAUUUGUUGGACUCCCGUUUCCAGCCAUCGUCUACAACCCAAGAAAGUGUGUGUCCGGAUGCAGCGAGUGUGUGCACCAGGCUGGCCAUCGAGUCCAUGCUGGAGGAACUAGCCCCGAAUCUGUGGGAGGACGAGCUGGACAGACUGGUGGAUUUCGGACAUAUCAUCAGUCCAGAGCUGGAGAUGAAGGUUCUUCCAGCGCUUCUGCAUGGUGAGGCGGUGAACAUUGAUAUGGCUUUUAUGGUGUACGUGGCUCAUGAACGAGGUUUUCUGAGUGAACAGGAGAAACGGCGGAUCGUGGUGUGCAUGCAGAGUCUGGAUCUGCCCGUCUGGCAUUCACACUGCAGUCUGGAGCUCAUACUGAAGUCUCUGAACGACCGACUCAAACACUCGGCUGGAUCUCUGAGGAUGCCUCUGCCCACAGCGCUGGGGAAAGCACGAAUCUUCAAUGACAUAGAAGAAAUGGUCGUGUGUCAGGCGUUCAAGAAAUGGAGUGAAGAGCUCUGCGAGAAACCGUAAUACUGGAAAUGCAAAUGUAUCAACCCAAUGAAUGUGAACCCGAAUAAAACACACCACCAGGAGUUGUGAAAACCACUCAGUUUUAUUUCAACGUCUUGUAACAUUUUCAUUCCCAAUACACUUGUCAAGCUACAAACUUUCCUCAGAAAGUGCUUUAGGAAUCUCUAAAAACAACUCUUGUACUGAAAGGUGACUUUUCCCAACAGGUUCCAGAUUGAGGUGAAGUCGUAUUCGCACAUUCAGACUUUAAUAAAAUAGGAGAGAAGAAUUUAAAAAGGAGAAUACAGAUUAUUAUAGUGACACAUUCCCAACCCAAGCUCAUAUUGAAAGCGUUGCCCCACCGACGUUUCUAGAGACCGCGAUUUACAAGGCCGGAGGUACGUAUGGCUGCAUUUCGUUUUGUCAAGCGAACGCUACAGCACCGCUCCUCUUCGCGCUCGCCAGCUGACGGCUCACCUCCGUGUGGAGGGCUUUCCCACCGCAACUAGUUUGUCCGGUUAGCUCGUCGUGUUACGUCGGCAGAGCGGAGGCCUGGAGGAGGAGGAGCCGGCCACAGUAACGACCGUAUUCGAGUCUGGGGAAAAGCGGUUUCAGAAAUCAGGUAAGACAAAAAACAGAAUCCAAAAAAUAAAGCGAACGAGUUCAUAACAGGGGAAAAUGCGGUAAAAUCCGCGGUCAAAAUCGGACGAGGGGUUUUCUUUUUCUGGACGGCUUUUGUAAAUCGUCACUUGGGUUUAGGGAAGCAGGAGGAGGAGGAGGGUGGCGUCAACCGUCCAGUCAUUCAGUCAGUCAGCCUCCGGUGGCUUUUUACGAUAGAACAGCAUGGGCGCGCGCUCGCGAGAGGUGUUCGAAA